AUGGGAACCAAGAACCUCACAUCUGUGACAGAAUUCAUCUUGGCAGGACUCACCAACCAACGGAAGACACAGAUAGUUCUUUUUUUGGUAAUCCUCCUCAUAUACUUUCUUACUUUUAUGGGGAAUCUGGUGACCAUUAUUUUAGUGCGAGCAAACUCCCACCUCCACACCCCCAUGUAUUACUUCUUGAUGCACCUUUCAGGACUAGAGAUCUGUUAUGUCACCUGCACCUUGCCCCAGGCGCUGGCUCACCUUCUGUCUGGAAAUGGAGCCAUCUCUUUCAACCAUUGCAUGUUCCAGGUGUACAUUUUCCAGUCCUUGGCUGGCACUGAAUGCUUCCUGCUGGGAGCCAUGGCUUAUGACCGCUACUUGGCCAUCUGCCAUCCUCUGGUAUAUGCCAUUUCGAUGGGCAAGUGGCGCCAAUUGCAACUUACUUCUGUAUCCUGGGGCGCUGGUUUCCUCCUUGCUUUGAUAAAUGUGGCAUGUACACUUUGUUUCCCCUUCUGUGGCCCCAACCAUCUCAAUCACUUUUUCUGUGAGCUACCAAUGCUGUUGAAACUUGCUUGUGGAGACAUUCAUAUCCUUGAAGUCAUCCUUUUUUGGACAGCUGCGUUGGCCAUCCUGGCCCCCUUGUUUGUAAUCCUGACUUCUUAUGGCCUCAUUCUGUCCUCUGUGUUACGAAUGCAGUCCACUUCAGGACGCCGUAAGGCAUUCUCCACCUGCGCCUCCCACUUGGCAGUGGUCACCCUGUACUAUGGCACCACCUUCUUUAUGUACUUGAUACCCCGGUCACGCAUAGCUCCUGAUCGUGAUAAGAACAUCGCUGUUCUUUAUGCUAUAAUCACCCCUCUUCUCAAUCCUAUCAUUUAUACUUUGCGGAACAAGGAUAUCCACAAGGCAGUGAUUAAAAUGUUGGAAAGAAAUGUCUUUGAAUAA